GCCAAUGGGUUCGCACGGAUUCCAGGAACCAGCCGCGGUUUGAAAGCCACUUGUUGAGCCCAAGAGAGCCCACACCCUUCUCUCUCUCUCUCUCUCCCAUUCUUUAACCCACCACACCGCUAUUAGAACAACCAUUCCGCCCCUUCCCCCAAGUCGUCUCUCUAUAACCUCCUCACCUUCCUCUCCUUCUCCUUUCCAGAGCCGCUCCUUCCUUCCUCUAAACCCAGUAGAGAAAGCGGAAGCGAAAACGAAAGCGAAACGAAGGCUUCAAAGCCCUGAGAUCUCUCAAUCUCAAGCCAACCUACUCCAUGGACGGCGCUUCCUUUUCUUCGUCUUCAUCUUCUUCUUCUUCCUCCUCCGAUCUUGAAGCGGGGUUCUCCGGGAGUGCUCCUGCUCCUUACGUUCUCUACCCCUCUUAUUAUGGUAAUAAUAAUAAUAAUAAUAAUAAUAAUAAUAAUAGGAGGAGGGGGAGCUACAGAGCGCUGGUGGGGUCCCCGAGAUCGAGGUUCUACUGCGACCCUCUCUCCGACGAUGAGCCUCACCACUUCCUCGACUCCUGCUUUCUUUGCAAGAAGCCCCUCGCCGGCAACCGCGACAUCUUUAUGUACAGAGGGGACACGCCGUUCUGCAGCGAGGAGUGCAGGCAAGAGCAGAUCGAGAUGGACGAGGCCAUGGAGAAGAAGUGGAAGCUCUCCUUCAAGGCUUCUUCCAGAAAAGAGCGGGAGGCACAGAACCAGAAGCCCAACGCCACCAGCCCUCCCAAGGCUCGGAAACUCCCCGUCCAGGCUGGAACCGUCGUCGCCGGUUAACACUUUCAAGUUUCAACAAAACCUAAGUAUCGAAAUGAAUACAAGAAGGAGGAGGAGGAAAAGAAAAAGGGAAAGGAACCCGGAAGAGCACCAAGCAUGACUUUGAUCCUAUUUCCUCUUAUGAGAAGGAGCGACACAAAAAAAGAAGAAAAACCGAAGAUUUUUUUUGUGAUGUACAGGAAGAAGAAGAGCGCGUUAUGUGUUGUUUUCGGAUGUAAGCUUUGGUAUAUGAGGAGGAAGGGUUUUUUUUUUUUUUUAAUGGUGUGUAAGAAGUUUAAUAUCUUCGGACUUCAGAAGGAAAUUAUGAGGCUUUUAGCACGCUGUUUUCCUCUCUGGAGUUCGCUGGCUGCAGGCGCCUGGGUUUUUUUGAUGGUAUCGGCCGAUGAAAUGACCGAGCUUUCGUUUUCGA